AUGUCUGGCUUCGAAAUCGUCGGUGUUGUCCUCGGGAGUAUCCCUAUUGUCGUUUCAGCAUUGGAGUACUACGUCAAAGGUCUGGGCAUACUUCAGAAUUUCCGCUCCUGUAAAAGAAUUCUCAGGAGCCUGAUACUAGCCCUCAAAACAGAGCAUAUCAACCUGCAGAAUAUCUGUGAAAAGCUCCUUGUAGGGAUUGCACCACAAACAUGUAUCGAAAUGAUGAUUCGGGAGCCGUUUGGCAAGCUCUGGAGCGAAGAAGGGAUCAAUAAUAAGUUGCGCUUGAGGCUUUGGACUUCCAUUUCAAUAUUCGACGAAAGAGUCCAGGAUAUGAAACUUGCUAUUGAGGAGAUGAUGGGAAGGUUGAACAUUGGUCCAGAUUUCGAAUCGAGUUGGAUUGAAGGGAUGACUCUCAAAAGCCAGCUCAAGCGAAUUAUGUUUAUUAUCCAAAAGUCAAACUACGACGAGGCCUUGACUAGGAUUCGAGACGGCGUCUCGGCUCUCCAGACACUAGCUGCUCUCAAUACAGAGCUAGAGCCAGCGAGAAAGUGCCGCUCAUUAGGAAGAUUGAACAAACUUGUCAGUGAGAUGUUGACUGGCAUCUACCAAGCACUCAGGUCCACCAUGACCUGCAAGUGUACGAAUCUCCAUGACAUUGGCUUGAAACUGAGACCUCCGGCAAUAACCAUUACUCCUACUGAUGACGAUCAGGAAAUCAUUAAGAAACUACAGUUCUGGCUGGCAGUUUCUUAUAUGAAGCUUUCAAAUCGAGCGUCCAUCAGGCAGUGGAACGAAAUUGUUCUCAAACCCAAUCAAUGUAUGAAAAAUGUGGGAGUUGAGGUGCCUUCAUUGAGUAUUCAGAGAAGUAGGCAAUCCACACCAACUACCACCGCUACCCAGUCAAGUGGAUUAAACCUCAAUUUGAGCACUGUUACAAAUACCCGCAGUCUCGAGAUUACACAGAGUAUUGACAAUCUCUGCCAAACGAUGCAGUCCAUAGGAAAGAAGAAGGGAGGCGAAAGGUGCGGAUACAUCAAAGACUUUCGGAUGCAGGGGGAUCUCAAGUACGACCUAUAUGCUCACGAUUGCCUAGGGAGCAGUGAUGACUGGUCUCUCGUAUCGUUGAAGCAGCUCACCCAAAGCCACACCUUGCUCUACGUUGACAAAUUGCGGCUUGCUUGGACAAUAGCUUGCAGCGCUUUUCAAAUGCAAGGUACACCUUGGAUAUCCAACAUCCUCAGAGCCGAGGACAUAUUCAUCGCUCAGAGAGAAGGUGUGCUUCAGUUCAAUCAUGUCUUCACCCUUCGGCAGCUUCCUGAGAAUUCCAGAUCUUCUCCACUAAAACCUUCGCCUACCAACCCAUUUAUGCUGUACCUUGGGAUUCUUCUGAUAGAGAUAAUCCUUGGGCAUUCUAUAAUCAAACUCGAAUCGACUUCGAAGGCAACAGUAGAGCCUACGGUUCCCCAGUAUGUGCUUGACCUCGACGUUGCGAACAAAUUCCUAGGUCGAGUGAGGAUGGCGGGAGGCUCGGGGUAUCAUGAUGCGGUUGAACGAUGCUUGAAAUCAAGCAUGCACCAAACAGAAUGGAAUCGAGGACAGGCUUGGUUUCAAGGCGAUAUAGCUGCUGCCGUGGUCAAUCCUCUUGAGACUGACUUGAGAAUGUUGGGCUUUGAUUAA